CUACAGCUGUAAAGCAGGGUGUAUUGUUGUUCUGUCUUCUACAUUCAUAAUGAAUAACACCGUGUACAACAAACCUGGCAAAACCUUUCUUUUUACAUCGGAAUCGGUUGGUGAAGGCCACUCUGAUAAAAUGUGUGAUCAAAUAAGUGAUGCAGUUUUAGAUGCAUAUCUCUCCCAAGACCCUGAAUCCAGAGUGGCAUGUGAAUGUGUGGCUAAAACGGGUAUGAUCCUACUGUGUGGAGAGGUGACAUCGAGAGCUGUGGUUGAUAUCCAGAAAGCGGUCAGAGACACUGUAAAGAAUAUAGGAUAUGACGACUCAUCCAAGGGUUUUGACUACAAGACAUGCAAUGUCCUGGUGGCCUUGCAGCCCCAGUGUGUUGAAAUCAGUGACUGUGUGUUUGAAGGUCGUGAUGAAGAGGAUAUUGGCGCUGGUGACCAGGGUUUGAUGUUUGGCUAUGCAACGGAUGAGACAGAGGAGUGCAUGCCAUUGACCAUACUUCUGGCCCAUAAGCUCAAUUAUAAGAUGAAAGAGCUGUCCCAAAAUGGAGAGUGCCCAUGGAUACAGCCUGACUGUAAAUCACAGGUUACUGUGGAAUACCGUGAUAACAUGGGAGCCAUGGAACCAAUCCGAGUGCACACAGUGGUGAUUUCAGUUCAACACAAACCCUACAUUACCCUAGCAGAAAUACGGCAGAAUUUGAUGGAAAAAGUGGUCAAAGCAGUAAUCCCAGCCAAGUACCUGGAUGACAGGACUAUCUAUCACCUGCUGCCUAGUGGAAAGUUCCUCAUUGGUGGUCCACAGGGAGAUGCAGGUCUUACAGGAAGAAAGAUUAUUGUUGAUACGUAUGGUGGCUGGGGAGGCCAUGGUGGUGGCGCCUUUUCUGGCAAAGAUUACACCAAAGUGGAUCGUUCUGGAGCGUACGCAGCCCGCUGGGUGGCCAAAUCUCUUGUCAAAGCCAAGUUAUGCAAACGGGUCCUGGUACAGAUUUCUUAUGCCAUUGGCAUAAGCCGUCCUUUGUCAAUCUCCAUUUUCCACUAUGGAACAUCCACCAGAGAUGAAGAUGAGCUUCUACGUAUUGUUCAAAACAAUUUUGACCUAAGGCCAGGAGUAAUUGUCAAAGAGCUUGGUUUGAAAAGACCAAUCUAUCAGAAGACUGCCUGCUAUGGACACUUUGGAAGGGAGGAUUUUCCCUGGGAAAAGUCAAAGACCUUGGUGUUUUAGUGCUUCAAAAAUGUCCAUCAAUAUGUCUCUUUACUUGUGAUAAUAUCCACCCACAAAAUUCAACAAAAAAACAAGAAACUUUUAGAUAGAAGAUUGUGUGGCUGUAGUGCUUUAUCAUACUUUUUGAAGAAGAGGUAUUAACUUUAAUUUGAGAUUCUUAAUUUUUCUUUUGAUUAAAACAUUUUAAUUGUUUUUGGGCCACAAAAGAAAAGUGCAUAGGAAAAAGUUUUUAGGAAACUAAGCAGAUAUUGCAAGUGGUACACUUUGGCUUUCCAGCAGCAAACAACUGAAAAAUAAUAAAAACUCUUGUAACGCU